ACCCACUCACCCCUUUCCCCUGCUUUCACUGCAUAGCUUAUUUGGAACCGUUGGAAGUACAUAUUAUCUGAAAGAAGGAGGAGUUGUCCAUGUGGGUUUAUCUUCCCACCUACCCACACUGGCUAUCAGACGGAAAGUUUAAUUGCUGUCUUGCUCUUAUUUUACAAUGUUGUCGGUUGUUAUCUUGGAAUGAAUCAUCUUGCUCGCUUUCUUUUUUCUACCUGCCGAUAUUUUGCGAAAUGGGUCUUUUUUACUACUUUGGUUCUAUUUUUGUCUUUUCCCGGACGGACGCUCCUUUGCUGGACAAAAUCAGAGGCUUAAUUUUAGCAGCUCAGAAACUUAAUCAUAUCAAUUUAAAUCCAAUGUAACCCCAAUUCCAUGUAACGAAUAUAAUGACUACGUACGCGCCGUGCUACGCUGUGGUUUCUUGGCCCUCCGGGGUAAACAGUACCUAGACUAGAUAACUGUUCCUGACAGGUAGGUGUAAGCCAUGUGUAACGUGAGACCCACGUGUGACUGUAACAAAGACAGGUGAUCAAAAAAGG